AUGGAGGAGUGGUUUCAACCCCAGAAUCUGAACUACUUUCUUAUAAUAGCAAUAACAAUAUUAUCAUGUUAUCUAUACUGCUCUUACAAACUAAACUACUGGAAAAGGAGAGGUGUUAUACAACUGAAAAAUACAAGUAAGAUAUUUGGGGAUUUCAAGGAUGGAAUUUUGUUUCGAACUGCACCUGGCUACCAUUUGGGCCAGCUGUACAAAGAGGCGCCCGCUGACGCUCCUUACGUUGGAUUCUACAUUUUCCACAAACCGUGCCUCCUGCUGAAAGAUCAGGAGAUCAUCAAGCAAAUACUGAUCCGCGAUUUCGAUAACUUCUCCAACCGGCACUUUGCGGGCUCAUUACAAAAAGACAGCAUCGGCAUGGUCAAUCUCUUCGGCAUAAACAACCCUGCUUGGAGAUACUUGAGAAGGAUGAUCACCCCGACGCUGUCCCGGGGAAAACUCAAGCAAAUGCUUCCGCUGAUGAUAGAAACCGGUAAACCUAUGCUGGAUCAUUUGGACCACUUGACUGAUUGUAAAACACCUAAAGUUAUUGAUGCCCAGGACGUUAACUACAAGUAUACAGCUGACCUCAUCUCUAACGUCGCUCUUGGCACCAAGACUAAUUGCUUUAACUUCCCCGACUCCGAUUAUUGCAAAAACGUUAUGGCGUUUUUCCAUUCCUUCAAGAGAAUGGUGGCUUUGGUCACAGUAUUUUUCACGCCAGAACUCGUUAAAAUGGUCGGAUCUCCUAUUUUAUUUGAUUCGACGUUCAUCGGAAAAAUGUUUUGGAAUGCUGUGGAGUCACGCGAAAAAAGCAGGGAAAAAAGAGGAGACUACAUUGACUCAAUCAUUAACUUGAAAAAUGGGACGCAGGAUUCUCUUUACAAAUUCGAUGGUGACAAUCUUUUGUUCCAAUCCGGAACAUUCUUCUCCGGCUUUGAAUCGAGCUCGACUGUAGCCGCUUUUACACUCAUGGAGUUGGCAAAAGAGAAAAAUAUCCAAGACCGAGUUAGAGAGGACAUCAAACGUGCCAUCGAUAAGCAUGGGUGGACCCUGGAGGCCUUUGCUGAAAUGAAAUAUUUGGACCAAUGCAUUUCAGAAGGAAUCAGGCUGCAUCCCUCGGUUACUACUGUUGAUCGUAUCACUUUUGAAGACUACCAGAUCCCGAACACAGAUGUCGUUAUCGAGAAAGGAACCCCUGUCUACAUUACACUGUAUGGUCUGCACGGCGAUCCACAAUACUUUGAGGAGCCAGAAAAGUUUAAGCCGGAUCGUUUUGACAGCGACAGAAUCGUACCUGAUGCGUACAUGCCCUUUGGUGCUGGGCCUAGGAAAUGUGUUGGUGUCCAAAUUGGCCAAUUGCACGUGAAAGUGGUGUUAUCCAUGAUUUUGUCCGAGUACGAAGUGCGUCAACCGAAAUCAGCGGAGGUCAAAUUGGACAACCGGUCCACCGUUACAUCAGCUGCUGAAGGAAUCAACUUGGAAUUCAUUAAACUAUAAACAUUGUUAUUUAUAUCUCAUAAUCUUAACGGAAACUAACGAUCUGAAUGGGUAUAGUUUUCUAUGUAUCAGUCACAUUAACGAUAAAGAAAUAGGUAGCUUUAAUCGCCCGAUUUUUCAUAUCAAUUAAUAGUAGGUCAAUAAAGCUGUUAUCACUAUCUCCAAAGUCAACUUUAUUGUUGUUAAUUACAAUUGUAUGCCAGAUUAAGAUUACAUGUUUAUUUUAAAACGUGACGUUCACGCUUAUCAUGUGACGUCGAAUGUUUUGUUUAGAUAUUCGCUAUUUCGACCAUUAAUCCAGCGGUCAUAUUAAGUCUUUGCCUUUCAGUAGUGCAGUGGGUCACAGUUCCAGCUACCUAUUUCCGCUUUUUCUCUCGCUCUCAUCAAAUGGUGAUUCUUUGCGACAGAACGAGACGUUAAUACCUACGUUAUGACAUUGGCCCAUAGUAACAUGUGGAGUGUAAUUGUUCGAAUUUUACAAUAAUGAUUACUUUGAGUUGCCCAUCCUGAAUCCCGAAUUCAAUAUUACCAGCUUGUACAUUAUUUG